AGGCGCGUCAGCUAGUAGUACUGUUUGAGCCACGACGAUGGGAGGCUGCUGACACUGGCCGCUCCUCGUGCACUUUAGGUGUGCUCCUUGUUGUGGCAGUGGUGGUGGUUGUGGUGGUGACAGCAUGGCGAUGACACGCAUAGUGGUGUUGUGGUGGACACUGGUGGUUGUGACAGCGCGGCCCGUCGUGGCAUGUAGUCUUGGAGGAAGCAUCGUCAACAGGGUGGAGUGUGACCUGACAGGCUCCCCCUACACAGUGACCCAGGACGUGGUGGUGCAGAAGGGCGCAACUCUCGUCCUCAAGCCUGGAGUUACCCUGCAGUUUGAUCCUGGUGUGGGAAUCACCGUGAAGGGCGUCCUGGAAGCCGAGGGCACGGAGUUGCAGCGGAUUACACUGACGAGCAGCCAGCCGCCCGCCGCCCCCACGCCCGCGCCUUCUCUGCGCAUAGUGGACGGCCCCACUCCCAUGCAGGGCCGCCUACAGAUCUACUACAAGGACAAGUGGCGCUCCAUCUGCACCAAUUCCCGCAACUGGACUGCGGCGGACCUGACAGUGGCUUGUCGACAACUGGGAUUUAGCGGCGGCAAGUAUUGGGAAUGGCAGGACCGCGCCAACAACGACACGGCGACACUUCUUUACCAGGCGCCGCAAUGCUCGGGCCUCGAGGAUGACAUCACUAAGUGCGCCUGGCAAACACAUUCCAUGGGCGGCGGCGUCUGCGAUAUGCAUCCUGACCUCGGCGUGGACUGUGACCCUUACCAUGCCCUGUGGCGCGGCACCAACCACUGGAAGGGCAUCCUCUUCCAGAACGCGGACUUCGAGGGGCAGCUGUUCCACAAUACAUUAUAUCAGAAGGUGUCCAAGUCUGUGCUGAGCUUUGUGAACAUUGAGUAUGCAGGCAUGGGGCCACAGCGGGAAGUGUUGUCAUCCAUCAUGACUCGAAAAGUGCCGCCACGCCUGCGUCACGUGACCGUCACGAACAGUGCCUUCAAUGGCAUCAACAUGACCCUCCCCGGGACAUUUGUCCAUCUGGAGAACGCCGUGCUGAAGGAGAACGCCGGUCAUGGGCUUUACGUGAAUACCUCAACGGGUUCAGUUUUGAUCGAUCGGGACUCUGUGGUGACAGACAACCAGGCAGAUGGAAUCAAGUAUAAUUUUCACCAUCGCGAGCCAGACAAAUCUGCAUCAGACACUUUCCAGGACUUUUGUGCUGGGGCAUCCAACCUCAACCAAGCUUACCCCAUUGUAACAGUGGCCACACAGGACCGGUACUCCUUCAAGGAAUUGAACUGUGAGAAGCUGUUUGUCACUCGGGACAGUGAUUUUGUCUUCACUGUACAUUUCUCCUACAUGCAAGCUGAAGAGGAGAAGGCAGGCAUGGUUGAGGUCAGAGAACAGAAUCGGUAUGGGAAUCUCUUAACCAAGUUUGAAUUGAGAAAUAACACAUUUCCACCUUCUGUUGUGUCCCGAGGCAAUAGGAUCUGGAUCAAGGUGACAGCUAAACCUCGUAUCUUGUCAUUCAUCUUUAUGGAAGUGAUUGCCAGCAAGUACAAGAUGUUUGACCUCAGUGUGCGGGACACCAUGGUGCGAAACAACAGUGGGCAUGGAGUGGCAGUGGAUUACAUGAGAAGUCUUGUGCAUGUUCAUCGUUCCAACCUGACCCAUAACUACUAUGGGUCGGGUCUCAAUGUACGGCAAGGUGCUGGGGAUGUGAAUGUGACACACUCCACCAUAAUGUACAAUGUUGGAGAUGGUGUCAAUGUCACAUAUGAGGGUGGAGUGCAGAAUGUUACCUGGAGUACUGUAGCUGACAACAAGCUACGUGGUGUGGCUGUCUGGUUCAACGAGAGUGGUCAGGAUACUGGAAUCCAUCAAGAAACAGCUGUGGCAUAUUCUACUUUGACUGGCAACCUGGACGUGGGGCUGCGUGUGGGAAACUUUUGUCGGCCAUCUUUCGUAAACAUCAGCAGCAACACAUUUAGUGAUGGCCAUGAAGCUGCUCUUGAGAUUGAAUCUUGCUGGCUGAGGAGCGAUGAGAGGAGAGCAGUGCAAAUUGGCCAAAACAUGUUUAGGAAUAAUCACCGUUUGGCCAUCAAAAUAUCACCAGCUGUAAAUAUGAACUUUACUUUGGAAUACAAUGAAUUUCAUAAUAAUAAGCAUGGCACUGUCCUUAUGUACAAUGAAGACAAAGUGGAGCUUCCAAUGCUCCCAUUCAGUGGCAUGAUACAGAGGAACAACUUCCGAGGCAAUAGUGGGUGGUACGUUCUUAGGCUUGGCCUUUCCUUGCUUGGCUUGGACCAGAAGCUGCGGCUAGAGAGGAACGUCAUCAAGGAAAAUACAGUAGAGGAAUUGUUCGUGGCCUUCCACUCCCGCAGCCAAGCAUCAGGGGUAGUUUGUAUUGGUUCCUCCAACAUUGUCCUUUACAGGAACUUGUUAGAUAACCCAGCUUCUAGAUAUGAGUUGGCCUCCCACACCAGUGAUCAGAGCAUCCCCAUCCAAGCUACACACAACUGGCUUGGUAGCAAGUUUGAGCAGGAGAUCUUCAGGAGGAUCCUUGACCGUCGAGACCUAUACAAUUUGGCGCUUAUACAUUUUCAUCCUUACCUGCUGAGCAAUAACAAUGUGGAAACACCUGUCAUGCAGGAGGGCCCUGAGAGUGAACCAGAAUUCUUUGACCCAGCAGACAACCACAUUAUUGGAGGAGAGGUGAACGGUGAGGUGACACUACGCGAUGGCCUCUAUACUGUCACACGAGACAUUUACGUUCACAAGACAGGCACGCUGACUAUUGCCUUUGGCACUACACUUGAGUUUGCUGAAGGCAUGGGCAUGAUGGUGGCUGGGCUGUUGCGUACGGAAGGCUCUGGAACUCGUGAUGUUAAGUUCACUCUCCAUGGCACUACUGAGCAGGAAGAGGCACUGGAGAGGGCUGCAUAUUUCUCUGGGGAAGAAGAAGCCAUACCUCUCAAUGCCACAACCAAUAUGACUCUAACUGAAGUGCACAACCUCAAUGUGACACAGGAGGAGGACAUGACCCCUUCUGUGCUUGUUAAGCUAGUGGGUGGCAGAAACAGCCAUGAAGGCAGACUAAUGGUUUGGGUUGAUGGCCAGUGGGGAACUGUGUGCAACCAUGGCUGGAACCAGGAUGCAGCAGCCAUAGCUUGCCACCAGAUGGGACUGGUGCUGAACCCUGAGGACUGGGAUCUGCAACCCAGCCAGCUGCCAUCUGAAGGCCAGACCAGCCCCAUUCUUAUAAGCAAUGUCCGGUGUGACGAGUUUGACACUGACCUCACAAAGUGUAUCAGUGAUCGGUACUGGGAGUUAGAGAAUUCGUGUUCCCAUGCUGAGGAUGUGGGCAUCCGUUGCUACCCUGGCUCCUGGGCUGGCAUCCGCUUGGGCAUGACAGCACAUGAAAGCCACAUGAAGGGCGUGAUCAUAGAGAAGGCUGGUCUCUUUGAUUACACUACCCGCACUUUCAAGCCAGCCCUUCAAAUUGACUUCCACCACCACGUCAUCCAGGAUGUGGAGAUCCGUAACAACCUGCAGGACGGAGUGGGUGUGGUGUACAGUGACCAGUAUGCCAUUGUAAACCCCAGUGCCAGAGUAUUCCACUCCUGCACCUUCUCUGGGAACAGACGGCAUGGUAUCACCCUCAAGCAGCUGGGUGUAAACAUUACUAACUCCAAUUUGGAGCGUAAUGAUGGUUCUGGCCUGCACUUCAAUCCUUUCUUGAAGAGAGCAGAGCAGAGGGAACUGGCUAGCUGGCUCAAGCUGCAGCAGGAUCAAUAUUACAAAAUACCAGAGGGCCCAAAGAAUGUGCGGCUAGAAACCAACCUGCCUAAGUACUUCAUCACCCAGACCUUGCGUGGUGCUGGUGCCAGGGCCACCAUCACAGUUUCGACGUCACAUUCUAACGUGAUUGGCAUCCAGGUGCUGAACCCCAUCAUUCCUGAGAGCACUGAGCAACUGGUGAUUUAUGACUACCAGGAGAUCAUUGAAAGUGAGGACAUUGAUCAUUGGGACCUGCGAGGGGACCAGGUGGCCUUCCCUACCACCUCUAGUAGUUACGCCAUCACUAUUGACUACAGCUCAGGACCUUAUGCACUCGGAGAUGUCAUCAUCCUCCUAACUGCCAUUGACAGGCGAGACAUUGCACAAGCAGGAGACCUCAGGAAUUUCCGAGCCAAGUGGCCAAUGACAUACAUUGACCAGACUCGCAUUCAAAACAAUGACAUUGGCAUCUCAACUCUCCACUAUAACAGGUAUCUCACAGAUGAUGAGGACCAUCUGCUACGGUGUGCCAAUGAGAGCAUUGUUGUGGUGGGCUCCCAUAUCAACAACAACCAGAACCAAGCUGUCUACACCCUCUCACCUUUCCGUGUGCGCAUGGACAACGACGACAUUGCUGAGAUCACUUUCAUGUUCAAUAGCACCACAAUUUCUGGCAAUGGGCGUGGCAUUGAUCAGUACAGCUGGGAUGUGCGGGAGUCUAACAACCUGUUCCAUUGGGUGCUGGAUGAGGUAGUGAUGGAGAACAAUGGUGGAGGAGGGAUAGUACUGUCACUUCCCUAUGUCUGGCAGUACACAGAGAACUUCACCCACACACUUUACAUCAAUUCUUCAUCCUUCAUCAAUAAUGCCCAAUUCCAGUUUGUAGUGGAUGGCCAUUUUGCACGCUUCAACAUGACAUACUCAAGGUUUGAAAAUAAUGUCUGUCAGCGAGGAUUGUUGUCAGUACAGGGUAUGGAGAAGGAAAUGUUCCUUCAUGACAACCGCAUUUCCAGUAAUGUGGGUUCCUUUAUGGUUGAGUUCAACACUAACAGCCAGAGUGGAAUCUUGGGCUCAGUCAGUGCUUACUUUGAGUACAACCUGGUACAGAACAACAAACGCAUGCCACAGACAUUCAGUUCUGUAUCACGGGCUCAUCAGCCUGCAAGCUAUACCUUGGCUGUGCGAGGUCUCCAGAAAGUGAACAUCACCCACAACCUCUUGGGUUACAAUGAAAUGGACUAUGAGCUGCUGGCAGGCCUCUACACCUCUCGCUUGAACAAUUACCUCAAUGUAGAGGCAAACUGGUGGGGCACUCGCAAGGCAAAGGAGAUUGAACAACUCAUUUUUGACUUUGAUGACUGGAAUAACUUUGCCCUGGCAGACUACCUUCCUUACCUCAUAGAGGACAACAUCGAGGCUCCUGUAUCCUCUGUUGGAUCCUAUGCUACUCAGGACACCACAGACAUCAAUUCCCUUGGAGGCCGUUUGCUGCAUGACUUGCGUUUACCAAAGCGAGAUGAGCCGUAUGUGGUGAAGUCUGACUUGACAGUUAUGCCGGGAGUGACACUGGUGGUGGAGGCAGGUGCUACUCUUGAGUUUUUACCAAGUGUAGGACUACUGGUGUUGGGUCGCUUGGAGGCAAUUGGCACCAAGGACCAGCGCAUCAAAAUGCAGCCUGUACAGCCUUCUGUACCCUUCCAGCACAGAACCACCCGCCAUGCUAAGACCUCACUGGAAGCUGUGAGACUGUGUGUGGAAGGGGAGUGUGGUGGCCGAAGAGAAGGGUUCCUGGACAUCUACAAUGGCACUACCAAGCAGUGGGUGCCCAUCUGUGAUGACCGCUUCACUGAGCGCAACACUGAAGUGGUGUGUAGACAGCUUGGCUACAACACCAUUCACACCUUCCAUGACCGCAAUAAGAGGAUAGAGAUGUUCCCCAAUGCCCUUAUUCGCAUUCAUUCCUGGCCUGAUCCCAUAGAGUGUGAUGGCACAGAAGCAGCGCUGCAUCAGUGUCCCCUCAGGAUGAAUGGCCAAAUCUACGAUCACACCUAUAGUUGUGCUUGGAAUGGAGACUUUGUGUACAUCUCUUGUGGAGACCUGAAUCUUGAGGACACCAAGCUGGAGUACUGGGGUGGUAUCAGGUUCUCCAUCCCCAACUUUGAACACAUGGAUGUAUACAGUCGCAUCCAUGAUCCCAAUGCCCCUCACCAUGCCCAUGCCCACCCUAUGGUGCAUGGAGAACAUCAAACUCCAGUCUACCCUUCCAUUUUGGAAUGGGUUGAGGUGGUGGGAGCUGGCAUCCUUCAUAAUGACAAGUCUCCGGCCAUCAUGUCCUUCCAUGAAACACCUAAACUGCGUGGCGUCACCAUCAAGGACUCAGCCUAUGAUGGUCUUACUCUUAUUUCAGCCACAUAUGGCUUUGAGAUGCUCUAUAACAAAUUUGAGAACAAUCUUGGAGUGGGAGUGACACUGAUUGGACUGACAGGAGAGACAAGAGAGACAGAAGAAUCAUCUUUCUUCCCUCUGACCAAUGUACGGCUCCCUUAUCACACCUUUGGGAUGGUGGACAUGUGUGACUCAACCAAGGAGCUGCGAAUUGAGGAGCGUAUCUUGCUCUACUACAAGUAUGACAAUAGACCCGUUGACUGCAUCAAGAUCUUCUCUUCUGUGUUCAAUGUGAAGAACUUUGGAUUUAGGCUACUCCAUCUCAAUCUGUAUGAUUCCACCUUCAAUGGGGAGCCACUGGUGCGGGACCGGCUGGUGUUGUAUGAUGGGGACAUCUAUAACUACACUACCCAAGUUUUUGCUGAGGUGCAUGCUCGCUCAGAUAACCACAUGCGUUUCUUCAAGACUGCUGGCACCAGCCUCUCAGUGGAGCUUCAUGCCACAGGAGCCUCAGGAGAGCUUGGCUUUGUGGCUGAAGUGGUGACUCUGCCCAUCUCUAACCUAGGAAUCAACCGUAACAUCCUACACAACUUCACCUACAACGAGUACCACAACAAUGUGGAGGGAGCCAUAUUUGCUGCCACUGCUGGUGAGGUAAAUCCAUGGCUCUGCUUCUCUUAUAGUCGCAUAGAGAACAAUGGACGGCAGUUGUAUGGCAACUUCACCACAACACAAGCUGCUGUACGCCUUGAUGUGCAAAACAUGCAAGAUGUCUAUUUUAAGAACAAUCUGGUGCGUAACAACACUGGCGGGCUGCACAUCAUUGCUGGCUCCAUUGGUGCAGCCACCAAGCUACAGGCCAAUGUGACCAACAACUUGUUUGAGGAAACUCAACACUGGCAAGCUCUCUACAUGGCCUCCAGGGAAAAUUCUGCCUACCAGCAUGCCCUUAUAGCCUACAAUGACUUCAGUUGGUCCUUCUCGCCCUACCAUGAUGUCAUCACUCUGGCUCAGGUGGUGUCUGUCUUCACUCACAACUAUGCGCACAGCAACAUUGGCCGCCACAUUCUGGACAUCUAUGGCUUCCAAAAAGUCCGUCUCCCUGUAUACCAGACCACCUCACACAACAGUCUUGCAAAGAAUCAGGCAUGGGAUCCCACCUACCAAGGCACAGUUAUUGCCGGGAGUGCAGGGCAACAGUUUGUGGACAAUGUUUUCUAUAACUGGGACAACGCAUAUGAGUUGGUGGCUGUGAACGAGUCUGUGUCUGGACUGCGUAGGCGGUGCAACAUUUCCACCGAGUGCACUGACUCUGAGAGCUUCACUUUGGAGAAAGUAGUAGUCACUGACAGGUCUGAUGUAUGGAAGACUCCCAUUGAUGCACGAAACAACUGGUGGGGCUUCAAUACUUCUGUGGCAGUGUCAGGCCGUAUCCAUGACAAGACUGAUGAUGAGACCCUCCUACAUGUCGAUUACAGUAACUGGAAGCUAAACAACUACUCACUGCUGCAAGGAUGUGAACCAGGCUACACCUUAAUAGGGGACUCUUGCUACUUGUAUAUAGGGGCACCUGUCACUUAUCAUGAAGCUAAAGAAUUCUGCAGGAAAGACAAUGCUUCACUGCCAUUCCUUCAGAAGUGGUAUUGGGAAGUCCAACAUUGGUUGUUAGAGCAGCAACCAGAAUACCUAUGGGAGUCAGACAUAGUGUGGGUGCAGCACCUGGACGUCAUCAGUGGCUGUGCUGGGUUUGUCUACCGUCAGGUGCGCUCUGUUGACUGCAACCUGAAGCUGCCAUUUAUCUGCGAGUCUGAUGCAGAUGAAAAGAUUGACCAGCUGGCCUGGGCUUCAGACCCUCUGGCAGUGGCAGCCAUUGCUAUGACUAUGGGUUGCCUCAUCCUGGUGGUUGCCUGCUUGUCUUGCUGGGUUUGCAAGUCUCGUGAACGUCGCAAAGAAAGAAUCAUGCGCCGCAACUCAAUCCGUGCCUCCAUCCGCUCCAACAGAUCAGCCAUUUCCACCUCCACCACCACAGGGGGCUUCAGCGAUCUCACACGCCGCAGGAUAAUUGAGGACCCUCAGCAUGCAGUGCCAAUGAAGGGGCAGGAAGCUGUUGGGGGUGCUGCCAGGAUGAAUGGACUCCAUGGCUCCUUUGACUCUAUUGCCAAGUCUGGGCUUAAUUCUUCCAUAGAUGAAGAUCCAAGCUUUGUUGUAUAUGAGGAGACCACUCCCUCAAUUCCUCCUGGUUACUCUUCUCAGCUGGAUGACAGGUUCUCCGGUGAUCCCCAGCUUGAGAAUCACAAUGUGAACGAACUCCUUCGGCCAAGCUUCAACAUAACCUUCCAGAACCAGGGCUUCAGGGAUAACUCAGCAUUCUCCUCUCGUGAAAACUCCAGCUUCAUGCCCCAGACUACUUCUGAGGCCUGGGUGACUGAUGAUCAACCAGCAAGUUUUGGUCAACAGUCUUUUACUACCUAUGGGCAUGACUCCCGCCUGCCCCCUCUCCAGCCGCAGCUGUCCCCAAGGCUCAGGCUUUUGCCUCCGCCACCCUCCAGAAGGGAGUUUCCAAGUCCAAGCUACCAGCAAAGUAGCAGCUCACCUCAGAUGCCUCCCAACAACCAAGCCUGGCCUUUCAAUGGUGGUGCCUCCAGCCUCCAACCAGAGGAAUUGUCAAUACAUGGCUCCACAGCACAACUGGCUGGGAGUAGCAUAACUACGGACUCCACCUUAGAGAUGAAAAAAGAGGCUGAGGACCCUCACCUGUCUGCCACACUUCCCCGGGAACAGGGUCCCACCUACCAAUACAUGUCUGCCAAUGUUCUCAGUGGCCAAAACUCAGGCUCAAGCUCAGAUAAUUCUGCCCAUGGAUAUUUCUCUGGACGGUCCCAAAGUCAACCUCUGGAGACAGCUAUGUGAGAUUAUAGUUCUACAAGUGAUGUUGGCUUGACAGUAAUUGUAGAGAGCAUGAUCUCAAAGGAGGGUAUCAUAAACCAAUAUAGUGAACAGCAGUGACCAUCCAGCACAUAUACUCAUUACUUGAAGUGUUAGUUGCACAUGAAAAUGCAACAUGAAACACAUGGUGAGGACAUUGUUCCACCACAUGAGACCAUCUACUGAAUGUGGUGACCAGGUGAGAUAAUUUAUAAAAUUAUGAGUUUUCUACUUCCACAUUGCUAGUGGUAAUUAGAGCUUCAUUACAUUUGGCUUUAUAGAGCUGAAGCAAAGAAAUAUUUAUCCAUUGCAGUGGAAUUUACAGAAUAAAAGUAGAUUACAAGAACUAGGUUAGCACAAGAGAAUUUAAUGUUCUUGAGCAGUUUAUGAGCAUAUCAGUGAGGCUUACUGAGUGCAUUUAAAUAGCAUUUACAGUGUCAUUAUCACCAGACAAAUACAAUGAAAUUAUAAUUCUCCUGACAUUUUUGUAAUAAGAACAUUCUUCACCAGAUAUUAUAUUAGAAAGCGUUUACUUCAUAAAAGGCACAUAAGCAUUAAUCUUAAAACAGUCACAAUCAAGCUACAUCUGUCACAAUCAUGGUCACAAUAAUACAUUAAUGUGGUAUAUGUGACAACUGCAAUUAGCUUCGUUAAGCUGACCCAAGUAGCAAUGGGAGGUAGAGGCUAGUUGCUCAAUAAUGAGGACUGAAAACAUAACUCUCAUGGAUACUGCCACCCUUUGGGUCUCAGGUACACGUGUGAAAGGAUUGUGAUAAGGGCCAGCAUAAAUGAAUAUUAGUUUGUAGCAUAUCUUUUUCUACAAAUUGUACAUAUGUAUGUUUUAGUGUCCUGAGGACAAUCACACAGAUCUAUAUAUAAGCAAGAUCUUCCAGACUACCAGAAUGCAUGACUGAAAUACAAAGAAUGAAGAGAACAAAUUGCUCUAAAGGAUGGAUACACUUUCAAUUAUAUUUAUCUAACUUCUUCCCAGUGUGUGUGUGUGUGUGUGUGUGUGUGAGAAUAUGCAUCAUAUUGUGGGACUACAGUAAUGUUUGAUGUACAUGGUUGUGUGAAGUGGUGUACAAAGUUCCUGAGGUUAUCAAGGCCUCACUCACCUUCUAGCAGUGCUAGGGAGGUGGCAGCAUCCCAGCUCACUCUACUUUAACUUGAGGCUCUGCAAGUAAUCAAUUGUAUAAAUAACUAUGUAAAAAAAAAUUAUUCACAAUUUAUACGCAGGAAAUGUAAAAAGUUUGAAAAUUUGCUUGAAAUUACAUUAAAUUCUAACAAUGAUCAUAUGAAAAAAACCUACAGUAACAGUAGCUAAUAAUGUGAAACAUUCUUUGAUAUAUUAGAUUUUGGUCUGAAUACACCAUCUAUUGUGGAAUUCCUCAUAUGCACUACUAUAUAAUUGAGCCAAUGGUGGUUAAUGGAGAUAAAAUGCAAAACCUAAUGUGCAACAUCUGUACACUUGAAAGAUCAACAGCUGACUGAUGAAAUGUUGGCACUGGAAUGGCUGGGAAAGGUUUAUUAUUAUUUUUCUCUCCCGAAGUAUUAUUUCUAAACAAAUUUUAACAAGUGACUAGUUCAUUAUUCCUGAAUCAAUGCAAAUCUUCACAACAUCUAUUUAGCAUAGAAACUAAUUUGAUAAUUAUGAUGUAUACUGACUCCAGAGAGAGAGACUGUUGUCAACACUUUAUCAGAUAGCUGAUGGCUGAAGGUUCAAGUGUAGUAAUGUUGUGCAUUAGAUUCAACAUUGUAUUCCCCACUAACCACCCUUUAACCCAACAAAUAAAACACACUAUUUUCAUUUCAUCACUUCAUUUAAACUAUUAAAAUUUUUGUGGAUUCUUUUUUUUGGACAUCCUGUAUAACAAUUUACAAGAGGUUAUUUUACUUUAGUAUUGUUUCAAAAGUUUGUUUCUUUAUAGAGUAAUGAAAAGUAUAGCAAGUACAUGUGUAUACCUUAAGACAAUAAUAUAUAUUCAAUUUGUAUUUUGAACACUUAAAAAUGCAGUGUAUGAGGAAAUACAAAAUUAAUGUUCUUAUUCAGCUAUUAAUACAUUUAUAAUUGUCAAUUUUUUGUAUAAUCAUGUAUUAAUACAUUUAUAAUUUUGCCAAUUUUUUUUAUAAUUAUGCUCUUAUCUAUUUCCAAAAACAUUUUUCUACUGAAACAUUUCCUAACUUUAUCUUGGUGCCUUCUAUUCUGCAAUGCCUUAACUGUUAGUCCCCUAUGCAAUGAAUGAACCACAUAGUCUGGUAAAAAUCAUGUAUUUUUGUACAGAAUAUUUGAUUUUGUGUUUAAAUUUGUAAAGUUAGGUAAAACAGAGGAAUGUAUAGAUUUAAUAUCUCUAUAAUGAUUUCUUUUUUCCCCCCUUUUUAAGAAAUUGUUAUUGAUGAAAGAGAAGUAUUGUCUUUUUUCACGUAGAAUAUGAAGAUUACUCUGACAUACUUGUGGCAGUCUCCCUCACAAUAUUAUAAUCAUACACUUCAUACAUAAUCGUACACCUACAGGUGUAGAGUACAGCACCAGAUAUAUUUCUGGUGUCUUGUGUACCUAGUCACUGUACAUACAAAGGCAUUUUAUUUUAUCUCAUGGUGUUGGACCCAUAACCAAGCACUGUCCCUGCCCUCACCACUGGAAGGAGAAGUGUUAAGCAUGUGUUAGGCUGUCUUGUCAGAUAGGUUGUAAUUGUAAUUUUAUCACAAAUACAAUACAUGACUGAACUAAUGAAAUAAAUCCAUUUCCAUAUUGCAAAUACUUAAAUUCGAUAUUACUGAAGGAAUGACUUUUGAGGACAAAUACUGAAAAAAUCUUCUAGGGGUUUGAAGAAAAUAAAUUUGUGAAAUCUUCAAAUCUAGUAAUUGUUACUGAAUAUUGUUCACACUUGAACUGUAAAGUAUUCCUCGGUAGGGCCAUUUAUUUAUCAGAUGUCUUCAGCCUUUGUCAAUAAAAUUUUGUCAUGUUUAUAUGAAAACUGUCCUCAUAUAUCCAGUUCUAGUCCUCUCUUGUGGCUCAUUCUUCCAAUCAUCCUUCCUGACUUGGCUUGCCUCACUUGUCUGACACACUCCACUGGCAUCCCUGUUGUGCCUUCGCAGCAGCACAGUGCCUUCAACUGGCCUAAACCAGAGAACAUCUCUGUUGUGCCUUUGUAAGCAAAGUUCCUUGCUUAUUCAACCAAGGUACAAGGCCUUGUCAGUGUUGUCUCAAUGAAUGGACAUAGUAUGUAUUUUGUAGAUUAGUAGCUAUUGUUCUCUGAUAGUAAAAAGUAACCCAUUGCUGCUGCAGACUUUAGGUUGUUUGAUGAUGCUCAUGAAAACUGAUUAGUUCAUUUUUUUUCUAGUUUUUAUGUAGUUAUUCCUUCUUGUAUAAUGCAAAUGUUAACAGAUAUACAAUUUGUGAUACUAGAAGUAUCAGAUGUAGAGAGAACAUUUGCUCUUGUUGACAAAUCCUCAAAGGCAAGGAAUUAAUGUUCUACAUGUGCAAGAAAUAGUUAUGAAGUUCAGUAUAGCUAUGUAUGUAACUUUUGACAUGUAUUGUGAUUUCACACCAUGUUCACAAAUAUUUUACAUUCAAUCUGAUAUUUGUUACAGUGACAGUCCAUGAAAGUGUGCAAGCACAUGAAAGCAAAAAAAAUAAUUGUAGAGUAUGUCACAGAUUUUUAGUUUAGUUUUUAUACCUGUACAUUUGUAUAAUAAAUUAUUUAAAUAAA